AUGCAGGAGUGCCAGACGGCAUGGGGGCAGACCUUCGCUGGGUGGAGUGGCACGAGUCCAGAAUGCACCACUGCCACCGGCCUCACAUGCGACGCCACCGGCUUUAUUCUCACCUUGCAACUCCGCAACUACAAGCUGGCAGGGCAGAUUCCAAGCUCUAUCAGCAACCUCAAGAAGAUCACGUAUCUCGAUCUUGCAAGCAACCAGCUACCAGGAAGCAUCCCUGCAACCGUGACUGCACUCAGCCUGCUGAAAUACUUGUGA